CAUUGUCUGCCGAUCACUGUCAAACAAUAAAACAAAAACACGUGCGUGCAUCAAGAUUGAACAUCAGAAUAUUUAACUGCAAGCGAUCAAAGAAGUUAAUAAUAUUUUGUUGACUUGAAGCCAUCAAAUAUCCGUAAAAUGUAUUUAAUGUACACCUUGAAUGAAAAUGGGGAACGAGUCUACACCUUAAAGAAAAAUGAUGCCGAUGGUAAUCCCACCCAAUCCGCGCAUCCUGCGCGUUUCUCACCGGAAGAUAAAUACUCUCGCCAUCGUAUAAUCAUCAAGAAACGAUUUGGUUUGCUACUAACUCAACGACCCGAACCAGUUUAUUAGAUAAAAUGUAAAUUAGAUUUGAAUAAAAAAGAUGAUCAAAAUAUAUUAUUUCCUGUA